AUGGCAUCAACCCUGUCAUUCCUCACGGACUACGUUUCAUCGUCAUCAGUUCAUCGACACUGGAAGUUGGUGAUUCUUCUCUUUUCUCUGCUUAACUUGGAUGUCACCAACAAUUGUUCCGUUCAAGCCGUGCCGGUACUGCACAUCUACCCGAUGGAGGAAGGCGGUUUGAUCGGUCCGUCCGUCAACUCAUCGCUGCCUCUUACUCCUUUUCAACUUUUGCCAAUCACCAACUUUACUCCAACUGAGAAUCCUCUAGUUUCUAUUUCCCUUCCCUCAGUAAGUCUAUUUAAGAGUUUUGUUUUUCACAUCAUAGUAACAAGAACACAAAAUUGCUCACAUAUUUAAGUGCACUAUAAAAUACCUGGACAUUUAUUUUAACCGGUACAGGUUGAUUUAACCCUGGUGAAUUUUUCGCAAUGGGAACUGGACGUCAUUCGAAGUUGUUGCUUUAUUUUUUUCGUCACAGGAAGCGACAGGCUUACAUUUCUUCUAAAAGCAUUCCCUAUCAUUUUCUCCAGAUCUAAUCGGUAUUCCUUCAAUUAGGACGCUUUUCACUGUCGUCCUGUUCAUAUAUUUGGGCCAACUUGUUUGCGUAGGUUGAAUUCCUUUUACUAUUGUCAUCCGAGCGCUCAGCCCUCAUUUAAGGGCCUUAAUGGGGAUUCCCAUGAAUGCUUUUCGAUCGCUGUUUUCACUCCGUAUCACUACUUAAAAUCUGCCGUUAUAACUGUUCUAAUCUUAUUCCUAUAAGUUAAUCUCUCUUUCAGCUCAGGAAUUUUUCAGAUUCGAUCACUAUUCUGAAAAUCUCAUCGCAACAGGACUCUUCCGCCGCUUUUAUAAUUGACGUCUCGUCCCCCGCGUCUGAAACUCGUCCUCCCCUCAAACUUUGUAAGGCUAUCCUAUUCAUCUAAAAUAUACUUUUGCUUACUAUCCCAUGGCACACAAAGUCCUAUUUCAAUAUGAUUAUAUGUCGCAUAGCAUCUUUGAUUUGAAAGCAUAUUUUCACAGCUCUAGUUUAGCGUUGUUUUUUGCCAUUCAUUAGCAAUCCUUUACGGAUUUAUCGGCGUAACUGUGACGAAUCUCUGUGCCCUCAGUGGCUUGAUCUUCGUUCCACUUAAACGCUUCCGAUUCUACCCCAUAUUGCUCACUUUCCUGGUCAGUCUGGCCGUUGGAGCUCUUUUAUCCACCGCUCUAUUGGUUCUUAUUCCAGAGGUAGGUUACCCCUGAAUUUCGACCAUUCAUUGUACGCUAGUUAAUUUGUAGGUUUUCUAUGCAAAAUGUAACACUGCAAAGUCUCACAGACCUAAAACUGGACCUGUUACUUCAGAUUCAGACAUUUACACAUCUCUUCGUCGAGUUCUUCGCAUCUUUACCUGACUUUAUAGCCGGCUUUCCCAUGUUGAUUUGCUAUAAUUAGACUUAGCUGUCGUAGCAAGCAGAUAGUAUUUUAUACCUGAAUUUGCCACUUUGGACGCUUGACGGAUUUUUAAUCAAUUCGCAGGUCUUCCUCGCGUUACACUUUUGUCCUACUAGUUACCAAUUUGGGGUUGUGUGCUAACGAGGCUUGAAAUUCGAGUAGUUUUCGAUAAUUUUCUGCCAAUAAGACGGUAAAGAAUGCAACAGAAAGACAGCGUGUCUGUCCGCCUAGUUGCGAGCUACCCGGCGCGCCCGUGGGUGGACAACAGAGUGGUCUUCAGCGAGGGCCGUUUACGAACUAAACAAUCAAAGGUCUACCGAAUGAGCAUUUGCAGACUGAAUAGGGACAAGAAUUUCUGUCGUGACUAGGAAAAUCAUUUACCCUGAGAAGGACCGCAGGCUAAAACGAUACUUUAACACGGCGUAUAUGCCCCUCCAUCUAAUAGGACCUUCCCUACCACAGCAGCUGCCGCUGUCGCAUAGACUCCGCUCAAGGGCAGACAGGGCCAGGAUUCCCGCUCCUAUCGUAUCUUUGCUACUCUCCAUUAGUCUACGCGACUUAUGCCAUGCACCAUGGAUACGACUAGACUCGCAUUGAUGCUACACAGAAUGAAGAAUAAUGAUAACAGCUCUUCGUCUACUGUAAAUGCUGCAGUUCAGCCUCAAGCACAACAGAUUCGAGAUGCUCAGGGCAUAGUAUAAGCCAGAUGACUAGACUGUCUAGAUCUGACCUUGUACUCCCUUCGAGCUUAAUGGACUCCAUUAAUUUGACUUAAAAGUGUGGAUGCCAUUCAGUCACUGCAACUUGGCUUCGAAGUCUCAUGCUUGGUCAGUUAUGUGUUUCUAUUUUCUGCUAUAUCUUCCUCUGAUUGUCUUUUAAUGUUCUCGUCGCCGCUCUUAUCCGUUGUCCUGUAGCGGAUAUGGUAACUCUGUCGAUCCAAUGAACACUUGAAUACGUCUGCUAAUGACCCAAAAACCAACUCUGUAUGCCCUAGCCUAUUCUAAAGUAACACCCUGUGGGUCAUAUGGCCUUUCGUUUUCUCGAGGUUUUAGUUGGAGAACUAGGAUUCCACCUGGUACCUAUACGCUCUCUUUUUUAUGUAAAUCAUGUGAAAUUGUUUUCGCCCACUUUCCUUCGCACUAGUCAUAGCCGGAAAUGUGAAAAAUUGUUUAUUCGUUCGUGGUUAGACCGCAAGACCUUGGUGUUUAAUAACUUCUUUUGCACAGGUUUUUAUUCGGUUGGCAUACUUUACGGUGAUUUUGGAAGGGUAGUUCAAGGCAGAAUCACAUACAUUAUAAACUUUACCUUUUCUCUUUCCUUCCCACCAGUCUGGCAACGUUUUUACAUUUUUUUCGAUCGGGCUGUUAAUUGUUCCUUUGAAAGUCGUUUGUUGUCCCUAGUGGCUGUCGUCCCGACGUGAGUUUUUGUCAACUAGGGCAUAAUAUGAUUUAACUGGGUUGUGUUUAUCGUUGCUCCGGACUCGACUAUUAAGACUGAUAGUUUUCAUGUUGCCCUGUGCCUUAAGACGAGACCCACACUGCCCUGUGCUCUCGUACAGUCUAGCACAAGAGGAAUAAAGCAAUUCCUGAAAAGUGCGUAAUGCAUAAAAGAGUAUAAGUUUUGUUAUUGUGACCCACACUCUUUCUGAACCAUGCUUUUACGCUAGGACGGAUUGGUGCCAUAUAGGGAGGCGAUAAAAUCCCGAUUUCCGGGUUAAAUGUUAAGUUUGCCUUCCUAACGCGACACAGAAAUCGUUUGCUAAUUAUGUGGCGCUUGGGAAUAUGAGUAGCUUUAGACAUGCGUUGUUAUCAGUACCUUCGCCGGAAUGGGAUUUUCAGAGUACGUUAUGAUCAGGUAUCUGCCAUUCAGUAUCCACCCAGUAGGCAUCUUUUCUAGUCUACUGCUCGUUGGCUGGGUAUUUUAGGACUUCCCUUCUUCCCUUGAAUUCUCUUCCAGUCCAAUUCUCACUACAGCUUGGCCGGACUCAUUUGCAUGAUAGUCUGACCACAUUUUUCUGAUGAGCCCUCCAUGCCGCGCGUCUAUUUUGGCGUCCAAGACGAUCAGCUUGCAUAAUCACACUAGGGGUCGAACCUGACUCCAAACGAGUGCCAUUUCCCUUUAAAUUCAAAUGAAUUUGUAAGCCCUGUAAGCACUUACGGCCUGUCUAUUUCCUGCCUUUUCCAGUCAAUGCGCAUGGUUGACAUGCCAGCCGAAUUUGGAGGCCAAGGACGGUUCUAUCUAUGGAAGAUGGUGUCCGUGCUUCUCGGCUGCGUAUUUUUCUACUGCCUUGAGUACAUUUUAUUCAUCAUGCCAAAACUUCUCAAGGUAAGUCUUUUCCCCCUAAUUUUAAAACAUGCUUUUCCCCCACGCAUACCCCCGAUCUGACUGCUACUUGUGCAGGUCGUUGUUGAUUGGGCGCAUUUAGGGAGAAGUCACAAGUCGAAGUCAGAUCCUCCUGUUCGUGCCUACACCCCAAAACAAGAGCCAGCCAAUCACUGGAGACCACGUGCGUUUGCUCUUGUUGUAGACGGGCCACUCACUCGUCCUGUCUCCUUUACUGUAGUGAUCCUUGCGGCUGCUACUCCUUCAAGGGUUGGCUUGGACUCGGUACCGUACGUCGACUCUGAAUUGCACUGAUCGUCAGUGUCACUCAUCCUUCAAUCAGAAACUCAAGCGAUACUCAGUAGAAGGAGAACUGUCUGGACACAAGAUAUUUAUAUAGUAAGAUAGGGUAUAUGAGGAGGGGAAGCGUAUAGUCUCAAGGAAGGUGGGAAUAACGGCGGUAAAAAUGAAUUAUUGGGCACUUCACUGCUGUGGUUCUGGGGUAGGUACUACAUCCACUGGAGUCGUUUUCUCAACUCUUUUUGAAUCCUCUUUCUGGUCUGUAAGGUAAAGAAGAAAAAGGCUUGACAGAAGCACAGCACCACAAAUCGCCGUUUCGUCUUUUUGACUGCCCGCCAACUUCGCCCCUGUCUGCCUCUCCCUACAGCGCUGCCAUCUUAAUCGGGCGCCUCUCCAUUGGCUACUCCCCUCUUCCCGAAGGUCAUUGGGCCGAGUGCCGGCGAACCACAGUAGGGUGUUAUAAAUAUGCGUCACCUUCCAACUAUUCGCGACUUGCAGUGUUUUUCUAAUACGCUUUCCGUGACUGGCCGUGUCUUCUUUGUCUGCCGCUUUGGUAUUGGGGACAAGGGUCGAGUGCGUAUACGCUCCACGGAAUUUCAAGUACCAGGCGAGUCAUAACACAUUGGCAACGCAAUUUUUCAACUACAAUGGCUGACGAGUACGCCUAAUUAAAGCAGAUGUUGCAGCAGCUGAAGCUGAUGGAGGCUUUAACCGUCAAGCUAUCCAAUUCAUCCAUGGGUCGAUCAAGCGCGGCUGGUGGUUCACAAUCUGUUGAUCACAUUGCCGGCAGCAUCGCUGAAUUCAUGUAUUACCCGCAGGCCCAUAUCACCUUUGAUUCCUGGUACAAACGAUACGAGGACUUGUUCUCUGUCGAUCUGGCUGCCCAGGACGAUGCAUGGAAGGUUCGACUCCUGCUUCGCAAACUGGGUCCGGUUGAACACGAGCCUUAUGCCAACUUCAUUCUCCCUAAGAAUGCCCGAUAAGUCACUUUCAAGAACACGGUUCAGACUUUGUCGCAGAUUUUUGGUGGGCAAUCAUCCCUUUUCAACACUCGAUUUCAGUGCUCGCAACUGUGCAAAUGCGAUUCCGAUGAUUUCAUCACGUAUGCGGGCAUUGUCAAUCGUGAGUGUCGGCGUUUUCUACUCGAUUAUCUUACUGAAGACCAGUUUAAACGCCUUAUAUUUAUCUGCGGCCUCCAGUCCUCCAAGAAUGCUGAUGUCCGGACACGUCUCCUGUCCAAAGUGCAGCAGAACAAUUUAAUUAUACUCUAAGAGCGGGCAGCAGAGUGCCAAACGAUGAUCAACGUCAAGCGCGACUCCGCCAUGAUUCAGAACCCUGCCACAUCUUGCUCAGUUUAUACGGUCUCAGCGGCCAAAUCUCAUCCUGUUGCUGGGCCCAAGUAAGUGCCGAGAGCGAAAUCUCCGCCAUCUCUUUGUCGCUAAUGUGGCGCGUGGCAUUUCCACCCGGAUUACACUUUCCACCAGCAUCGCUGCCAAAGUUGUAAUCCGAUGAGACACCGUGAUGGGUUCUGCAAAUCAAUACCAGCUUCUGGAAACAAACCGACCCCCGCCACUUCUAGUUCCAGGCACCGUUUCCGGUCAAAACGCAAGCCCAAACCCCAGUCCGUUGGUAAUUCUCUCAGUCUUUUGGCCACUUUCCAGCUCAAUGCGGCUGGCCGUAAAAAAUUGGUUGACGUUUUGCUCAAUUGCCAUGCAGUCCGCCUACAGUUGGACACUGCCUCAGACAUCACCAUCAUCUCUGAGAGACUGGCAGUCCCUUGACAGCCCCAUGAUGCAGCAGACUUCCCAGUCCGCCACAAGCGCGUGCGGUGGUCUCGUACAGCUAAUUGGGCAAUUGCAAUGCUGUGUCUCAUUUCGCGGUACCAGCAUCACCGCGAUCUGCUACAUCACCAAACCUGAUCUCAACCUACCUGGUGUCGACCGGAUUGAUCAACUCGGUUUGGCCGAUAUGCCGCUCCGUGUUGUUUGCGGUCAGGUGCAGAUUGCCGCUGUGCUCGCAGACCAAGCCAAGGACAUUCUCCGGCGGUUUGCUCCAGUGUUCCAAGACGGCCUGGGUCGUUGCACAUACACUCAAGCCGUGCUACAUCUUUCUCCUGGAAGUCAACCUGUCUUCCGUUCAAAGCGACCAGUCCCAUAUGCAGCCCUACCACUUGUCGAGGCUGAACUGAGGCGUCUGAAGGAAUUGGGAGUUCUAGUAUCUGUAUCCUACUCCGCCUGGGCCGCUCCAAUCAUUGUGGUUAAGAAGCCAAGUGGCUCGCCUUACAUUUGUGCUGACCUCUCCACCGGUCUCAAUGCCGCGCUGACGCCGAACUGCUAUCCACUGCUGGUUCCGGCUGAUCUUUUCACCCUGCUGAAUGGUGGCACUUGUUUUGCCAAGUUGGGUCUCGCUGAUGCGUAUUUACAGAUCGAGGUCGCUCCAGAGUCGCGCAAAUUUUUGACGAUCAACACUCACCGCGGUCUAUUCCAAUAUACCAGGCUACCAAUGCCAUUGAUCGCCCAGUAGUCGCACGGUGCGUUCUUGGCAUUGGCAACAAGUACCGGGGCGAUUGCAGUGAUGCGAUGGCACCGCACCAUGAAAAAACUAAGUCAACCCGCCUAUUUGCGAACGCGUGCGUGGAAGUAGAAACCUAGUGAAAAAUCUCUCCAAAGAGAUCAUCAAAAUGCGCAACAUGUGCAUACUUCGACCAAUGUUUAACCUUUAAACAAUGUCGGAUGUCCGAAUUCGAUCUGCCUGCCAGAAGAGUCUUUUUAUAUAGCAAAACUGAAUCGUUAGAUCCAGGGGGUAAGUUUACUAAAGCAGGCAUGGAAGGUGCAUUACAAGGGCCCCGUUUCCUCUCCACUAGACGUCGGUCUAAUCUAGGUCUUUGUGUAUGUACACUUAUUUUAAAACGAUGUGUACAAGAGACGGUAGUUAGGAAAGUCCUGGUUCACUCCGCUUCCCUGGCACGAAGUCUUUACAUGCAGCUGACCCUGCCGACCGGCGUAUUUUUAUGUAGAAGUUUAGUCUAGUUAAGACAUGAAAACAUUCAGUCUAGUUCACGGUAAGAUGGGGCUUGCUAGCCCCACUUGAUAGAUACAAUACUGUUGGGGUUAGUGUUAAGGGUUAGGGGUUAUGGUUAGGGUUAGCGGUUGGGGUUUAGGAUAAGGGGCUAGAGUUAGGGGCUAACGCAACUAUUUGUCAACUAUUGAAAGUCCGACCACGCCCUCCCAAUAGCGUUUUUUAUGCAUACGACUACUUGACCUCGUCGCCUGUGCGUUCCCCGGCUCUGCGUGUAAAAACCCCUAUUACCACCGGUCUCGUAUUAGAGGUGGCUGGGGUUUGUUUACUUCAGGUGGGGCUACCAAACCACAUCCAACCUAAUUCACUACAAUUGAACCAAUGCUUCUGUUUAUGUUCUUCAGAAUUGCCAUUUGAUUUACCCUAUCCCGAAAGGGACGUUUAUUACGGCAUAAUCUUUGUUUUGCUCGUUGAUACGGUUCGUGCUCAGGUUAACUUAAGGUACAAAAUAUGUUCCAAGUCCAUUCUUCAUUGGUGUUACCGGACAUUUUUGCCUUUAAGUUACAAAAGCUGCUCGACGUUUACACCGCUGACGACUGGCGCGAAAUGACAUGAAGAAUUGCUUUGUUUUAUUGCCCGUUUGUGACCAGUAAUCAGGGACUGUCGACUUUGCAGUUGGUGCUAUCAUUGUAAUUCCGAUUACUUCGCCAUAAGUUACCCUUCUUUGCGAGUUCCAGAACCUUCUAUCUUUUUUGCAAAUGUCUCGGUUCACUUACUUUUCAGUGGAACACAGAUGGGAACGAAAUAUCCAUUUCAGAUGGCGAUUUGGACGAGACUGCCGACCAUGGCAAACAUGGACAUUCACAUGGCAUUACAUUUCCUGCAUCAGAUGUAAGCAUGCUUAUUCGAAACUUUUGCCUCUUUCUGUUUGCGCCUCAUAAAACGGACUCAUUAUUUUUUUUUAUGGGAAUGCUCCCGUGUUACGUUUGGACAGUCGAAUUGGCAAACACGCGUUUUCAGUAAUUCAUCAUCAGGUCUGUAACAUUACAUGGAGAAUGAAGACGAGUCAUAGACAGGGUUUAUAAGUGCGUCCCCCUCUUCCCGUGCUAACUUCGUCACGCGAGCGGCGGGGGAACGAAGAGGUUGACUAACCCCAUGAGACGCUCAUAAACCAUGUCUGACUCAUAUACUCAUUCCUUAUGUAAUUGUAAAUUACAGAAAACUGAAAAGUUUGACUUUUAUGAUUUUUUGGCCAAACUCCAUUGCACGUUUUAUUCAGUGCAGUGACUACACCAGAUUUGAUUUGUCCUCAUCUUCUCGGACUCCCAUUAGAUACCAUGGCACUUCUUUCGUAGGUACGGUGUAACGAUCGUAGCAAACGACCUAUUCACUUUAUAGUGACCGUUUACCGAUGAUCUACCUUACGGAAUCCCGGUACACCUGGAUCUUUGCGACAGGGGAGGUAUCACGACGUGUCCAUGAAUAUCUGGGGUUUUCGAAAACCCUGUAAACAGUAUCGGUUAGGGAAACCACACUAUCCUUACUUUGCCAGUUUGGCACAAACUUCGCGCCGAGAUAUUCGAGGUUAUUCAGUUCUGCAAGACGACAGACUCUAGUCACAGGAGGUACCGUCUUCUUAUCAGUAAUUCAGCUCAAGAAUAGUUUUUAGGUGUUACAGCGUUGAGGGAUUACUCCACUGCUUUGGCGGCCUUCGCUCGAGACUCUUCAUUUUGCGGAUAAGUAGAGCGCGGCACCAGCAGGAAAGUGCCGUAAGUGUAGUUUCGAUCAACUGGACGAAGGGCAACUGCAUGAACCUUUACAGCAUUGUCGGUGAGACUUAUGCCGCAGUUGUUAUACUUCGCCUUAUCUGGUUUCUUAAGGACAGGCGCAAGAUUUCGGUGGUUUUUUACUGGGAGAUACACAUGGCACUGCCUUACAAUUGAACUCCGGCCCUUGAGAGAGAGAGUGAGAGAGAGGACCGAUCACUCGUUAAAUGCGGGAAGGAGCUUUAAGUGUUCACGGCACGCCCAACUUUCGGUCAAGUUACCCGCAAUAAAGUCGGUACUCGCACCCUGAACAGACUCCCUGCAAGGAACCUACCACUGAAUCGACUAAAGAUUUGGUAGCUUUCGAUUGUCGGCGACAUUUGAAGUCCGCCCUGUAGACGUGGUAUUUCGAUCCAGUAUUUCUUGUGAUCUUCCUCUACCCCUGUCGCACAAAUAUUCAGUUCUCCAGACAGUGCAAAUAUCGCUGAUCGUAUCAAGUGGUUGAGGCAGUACCAAUUGCCUCAACCUGCUGAUUGUCCGAAGUAAUGAUCGUUGCUUGAAACGACCCCAAACCGUUGGAAUGAGAGACGGAAGAUAGACUCGGGACGCUCCAGUCCAGCCUCAGCGCUUAAUCGUUCACUACAAACACGCGAAUGCACUUGAAAAUUCUUGCGACGCACUAGGCCGACUGACUUUGAAAGUUGCUAACUGACGGAAUAGUUUGGUCUUCAGGACUGAGAGUCAGACUGUAAUGGCUCCUCCCUAACGUAGACUCUGUUGCAUUUUAGCCUACAUGAGCUUCCUUCAUUGUAGCAUUUAGGGUGGGGAUCAGGUCGUGGGCGGCACGCGUGGACGAGCUGUUUGUUUUGUUGGUCGUUGCGCCCACGCCCACCUCUGGUCGUUCUCGUCUUGCAAGCAGUCCCGAUCGGGAUCACUAAGCUGGCUGCUGUCGGCUUGACCAAACCCUUUGUCAUCUGCUCAAGCCUUAUUUGUUGAGACUGACCCCAAGUGGCAGACCAAAGCUCUUUUAAGGCGCUGGUGCGCACAGUGAUUGCGCCUCGCCCUUUGGCCUGACUAUUGCUUUUCAGCAGAGGGAGUUUGAACUCGCCAUCACGCUAAUUACACGCACUGUUGGGCGUAGAGUCGACGGCGUGAAUUGGACAUGUAAGCCUACUGAGAAUAUAGGGCCCAAGGACUUCUAUGACGCUGGAGGGAUGCCUACUUGAACCAAGUAAGCAGGCAUGUUGUAGCGAUGAAGACAAUUGGCCUACACAUUCGCUCGUCGCCGGACCGACAUGUAUUCUUCCUGUAAGGCCCUCGAUCCGCGUACGCUCCGGCAGUUUAUUAAACCACGAACAGCUUAGGGAGGGACAAUUUGACCCUUUAAACCAGCGGUCAGGACAGUACUGACAAUGAUACUUACUUUUGCUGUUUUCUUGUUAAGGGUGAAGGUGAUGCCCUAUCAAAACAAUCAAUUUCGGCGGAAUCUAUGGAUGAUGAGGUCGUCAUUAGAUCGAAAUGCUGUGGCUGCACGAGUUUUCGCUGUAAUACCAAACAAUUUGCCAAAAUUGCCCCAGUCGCCUGGAUGAUCCUUCUGGGUGAUGGUUUCCAUAACAUGAUGGACGGUGUAACCAUUGGAGCCGGCUUUUCCCAGAGCCCCAUCAUCGGCCUUACCCUGAGUCUUAGCGUCUUGUUCGAAGAACUGCCACAUGAAUUAGGUAAGCCCGCGCGUGACCUAAUAAUGAUUUUUACUCAGGUUUUUAGACGUCCCUUCCACUAUCGCUGAGUGUACUUUGGGUCGAACUGGCUAUCUUCUCCAGUAGGAGGACCUUGUUUUUGUUGUUUAUUGUGCCUGAUGGUCUUUGCUGAAGGAACUCUUGGGUUACGUUAACUCCAGAGUCGUCGCCGGUUGUCACAUGAUCACCUUUUUGACCACCUUACUUUUUAUCACCCCGGUACUGUUUACAUAUUCGCCUUUUUCAACAUGCUUUCAAGAGAUAUAUAGUCGCUUACGAAAUCGCGGUUCAAAUCACGGAAGCCACCCAGGUUUUUACAGACUGUGAUAUUUCGUAUAGAACCGCUGCUGAAUACUCAGCGCCAAGCUGAAGAGCUAUGAAGUAACUAAAGCACAAACUACACCGUUCUACAGCGCACGUGCUUAGUACGUCAAAAUGCCAAGCGAGGAAGCCCACCAACUGCCGUAUUAGCUGUCCUUGGUGAAUUCUGAAUAUUCAGCGACAAAAGUGGACCCCGAACAUCAGGGUCCUUUAACCGACCGUAAUUCUGAGAUGCGUAUUCAGUCGGAGAUGAUCACUUACGUGGGAUUGUAAGAUGGAUUAUCGUGCGUCAUAAAAUCAUGAUAUUUCGGACAGCGGAGGAUGUUGGAUUUUUCGGCCGCAUGUAAAGACUCGUCAAAAUGACUGCUGGAUUAGUGUGAAAUUUUCCGCUGAUUUUGAUGCCCCUGUUGACUUAAAUAUAUAUGUAUUGGAAGGCAGGCAUCCCAAGAAAUAUAAUUUUAAGAGCAGUGUGUUUUGACUCGGUUUAGCAGGCUGUAGGCAGUAUUCCUAUUGUGCGAAAAACUAUUCUUUAUUAUAUUCAUUGGUGACAAAUCUCUUCGUAUUCAAAUUUUUUACUCGAAUGAAGUAUCUAUUUAGGUUCCAAUAAAACCGUUCAAGUAGCAUUGUGUAUGACAAAGAGUGGGAUGGCCUUUCUGGCUUAUUAGCUGUCGUCAGCCAGUCAUACCGAUUGUUUACUGUACCAUUGUAUAUUCUCGAUCGCAACCGACAGGGCAAGGGGCCCGUGGCCCAGUGGUUAGAGGCGUGGACUUCUAACUAACAGGUCGCGAGUUCGAGCCCCGGGUGUUCCACACUUCGGGGUUGGGUAUGACUGGCUGACGACGGCUAAUAAGCCAGAAAUGGCCAUUCCAGUCUCCCUUGUCUUUGUCGGUUAUAUCAUUCUGCCCAUAUCAUGCACCGCUGUGCGGCUGCUGGUUUGGCCCGAGAGAGAGAGAGAGAGCCCGGAAGGCACAUCGGAACGAGUGAGUUCCAUAAGAACGGUCGGUGAGCGCCACCUACCAUCGAUAGUCGCUAUUACAACCCUACUUAAGUAGCCCUCCCAAUUUCGGUUAACAUUUUAUGAGACCGGUCACUUUACAUGCUCGACUUCUUUGAAAUUCUGAAACUGAUCUAAGUUCGGGAGACUGCCAUUUCGUGGGGGUGACUGAUGAUUGACUAUCAGAACGACUCCUCGAUGUUGCUGCUAUUAAGGGUGCUCGCCGCCAGGAAUGAAAACAACGUCACCCUGAAGACUUUACUGAAGUUCCUCUAGAUCAACCAAUUCUUGAAAGAACUUUGCACUAACUCAGCAGAUAUGGCGAUGCGCCACGAAAUGUGAAUAGCAGGCAUGUCAUUAAGAAGCGUUAACCACACGACAGCAAUGCGUUUGAUCUGCAUCGUCAGAGCCUAACCCCUUUCCCACUGUCAGCGCUCACUAAAAGGUCUCGUUGUUUUGGUGGGGCACCUUCACAUCCACGAAGGAACAGCAACGACCCUGUGCUGAGAGAGUUUCUCGACGUUUACGCUACUUUAAUGGCCGGAGUUUCUAGUUAACCUCGUCAAGCUCACAUAGGCCCAACGUCUGUGAAAUAGCUAAAUAAAUUGAGGCGCCCUGAGUUUGGUCAGGUCCUAAUCGGGCGUUGAAUUCAACACCCAAUUGUGUUUGAAGUGUUAGCUGCGGCGAUGCAAUCGUUUACUGUGCUCGCCGUUAAUUAGGCGCACGAGUAGUAAUUAAAUAUUUGUUAACUGUACAAUGAAUGCCGAUAAAGAAUAGGGAGACUGAUGGCAAUUUUUAGUUUGAAUGGUAGGGGGACGCUCACCGAUCGUUCUUACGGGACUCACUCCAUUCGCUAUAUGGUGUUUGUCUAUGAUUCCCACUUGAAAGUACUUAAAAUGCUGACAGAGGGAUAUAAAACAGUUCUUGCGUUUUUUACUUAUACUCGUUUAUUCAAAAUCUUCAUUAACUAGACGUCCUCUUUUUGUUUUUGGUUUUUACAGGCGAUUUUGCUAUUCUCAUCUCUUCCGGCCUCUCGGUUAGGGCUGCCCUCUGUUCCAACUUCCUCUCGGCCUGUUCAGCCUACGUAGGGCUUGCCAUUGGCCUGGUCAUCGGCGAGGUAUCUCAGGGGGCCCUAUACGUCUUUGCGGUCACUGCUGGUCUCUUUCUUUACAUCAGCAUCUCUGACAUGGUCAGUUGAGCUCCUUUUUUCUGGACUGUCCUUGCGAGUGGUACACCCCGAUGGUCUCCUAAAGACCAGUCUUUAGGUCAUCUCAUUGCCUCUUAUACGUCACAUUUUUCCAUUGUCUAUGUAGUUGUUUACGUACUUAAAAUGACUGCACAUUUGAUGUCCCUCAAGCAUGGUGCUGUCGACCGCACUCCCAAAUCUAGUCUUGAAUGCAGCUUUCUGUCAAAUCCGCUUCACCAGAUUUCUGAGGCCAUAUUCUAUAGGAAUGUUUUCCUAUGCUCGACGGUGAAUGUCGUCAUCCACCCCCCACUCCCCGCCCCCACUACCCCGACACACCACAUUUUAAACCCAGGGGCGCUAAUGAUCUGCGAACAAGAGAACCAGCGAUUCUGGUGCCGUUGUUUCCCUUUUUUCCUCGUCCGCGAUCAGAAAUUUCGGACGACUUUUGUCUGUUGGUCCAACUUACUUGAAUAUCAGCUAUGAGCGUGGAGAACUUAAAUGUAACUGAGAUUUUUUACAUUGGUCAGAAACCAACAGCCGAGUUAAGUGCAGCCUUUGAUACCUACGCCCUAUCCUCGUAUGUACAAGGGAGCACACUACCAACCGCUGGACUAUCACCAGCAAGUGAAACUCGUCUCAAGUGUUCCGCUGUCUCUGCAACCAAUUAGUACGCAGAACUCCUCCCAACAACAGGCAGGCCACGUCGAUCUUCCUGCCCUUGCAGCCCCCCAUGACUCCGACAAGAGAUGGAACUCCAAACAUCCAAACUUCGAAGUCCGAGAUCAUUCAGGAUUCCUGUAUUUGACGUGAACCCAGAAUACUGUAAUCCUCAGCGUUGGUUGCUUGCCCGCCAACAGUCACAAAGCCUCAGUAAUCGGGUCUUCCAACGCAGUCCCGUGAUGCUGUUUCACGCGAAACUACUUGGGCUGAUAGUUUCACAAUGACGGCUGGGUUUUGGGCCUUCUGUUCUCUGAAGUUUCUAUCGGCUCGUAUCGAAGGAAGUCAAACAAGGGUUGGCUUUACAAAGCCGCCCGUCGUAUGACUCUUUCAGGUGUUUUUGGGUGUUUUCACAGAAAGAGCUAUGACCCCUCCCCGUAGGGUUCUUACUGCGUUUCAUCAGGAGAGAGUGGAGCAGGUGCCACACAAGUCUGCUCCACAAGCAAGUUCACGCACGAGGACGACCGCUUGUGACGGCCGAACUAUAGCAUGCAUGCAAGCACAGUGAAACCGUUUGUUUCGGCCUUUUUGGCAGAGAGUCCCGAUGCUUCCGUAUUAUAUGGCAACAUGCACGCGCAGGUCGGAAGUUUUAAGGCCUAAAAAGGUUUAAAAGUGCGGAUUAUUGGCUUUAUUUGACGUCAUGGUUCGUACCCUGCCUCCAGUUCAAAACAAUAUCUGUAUAAUUCACUACAGUUGCCCAUGGACGUCCGUUAUCUUUGACACUUACUGGCAUAUUUGGUGUAGAAGCAAUUUUUUUUCACGAGACUGGUCCGCAACUUUGAUGUCCUCAGCCAAACGCCCACCAGAUUCUACUAUUGUCAAAUUCUAGGCCGCCUAUUGUAUGCGCCGAUCUUUUGGAGCCUCGGUCUUUUGCGCUAUCGUUUGUUUGCCUUUUCACAGAUCACGCAUUUCUGUCCACUUACUCGUGCACUUGUUCGAUGCCUGUAAACAAAGGUUUCAGCCAUACAUUAGCUGUUAUUCUACACAAUGAAGUAUAAGGAAUUUUUUUGUUUCGCAGUUGCCAACAAUGCGUCAGAGCGUCGAAGACGUCGAAAGGCGCACCGGCAGCUCCUACAAGAUAUUUCUUCUUCAGUUGGUCGGCUUCUUCGUGGGCUUCGGCUGUGUGAUUGGUGUUACGAUCUCCAGCGACUAUCUAAACCUCUGA